ACGAGGUUUUCGACUUGUCGAUUCCAUUUGAUUCCAUCCGAGUUCUCCUCCUCCUCUUCUUCUUCCGUCUCCUCGUGUCGAUUUCGGAUCUGACUCCAGCUUCUCCUCUUCUCCCGUCUCGUCUUUAUCGGAUUCCCUAUUUGCUUCUUUGAGGUCCGGCUACUCCAGUCUGCAGAGGAAUCACGAUUUUAAAAGCAAGUAAAGAGUUCGCCUGCUUCGUUCGGUAAUUCCUCCCUCCCUGUCGAUUCUCAGAAGACGAUUCCGGAUUGAAUCCCUCGCCAGCGUCUGUGAAUUCCCCAUCGUCGUCGAGACGACUCCGCUUUGACUUUGAUUGCGGCCGAUUGUGUCGGUGUCGACGACGGCCAAGGAAGAGGAGAAGGCACAUACGCCAGCCUAGAGCACGAGCGCCGCUCCAAUCCCUCGCCAGCGUUGCUGCGAUUUUGAUCGCGAGUAGUGCUGCUGCCUAAGGAACCGAUGCUUUCUCCUUUGUCUCUCCGAUCUCGCCCUUGGUCCGUGCGUCGGUGUUUUUUCUGAAUAAAGUUCGAGGAGCCGUCGAGUGCUUCAUCCGGCGCCCUAGAGAUUAGGUUAGGUUUUUCUAAUUUGCUAGAGCUUAACUUCUUCGUUCUUUGCUCUGGAUGGCCAGACCUUGGUGUUAGUUCUUGAUUGUAGCACUAGGUGAACAGAAUCUUUAAACACAUCAUUCCAUAUGCUUGAAACAAAACCUUUUUCAGUUCGUGUUCAGGGGAAAUCUGAAAGCAAAGGUACGGUUCCUAAGCAAGGAUUCAUGGGGAAGGAGCAGCAGUGCCAUAGAAGCUGCAAUGCCACUGCCUGCAACAAAAGACUGAAGUUUCCACGACACUGCCAUUGGUUUAGCAGUACCACUUCAUCAUCACAGCACCCUUAUGGCAGUGGGAGCUCCCACUGGCAACAGCUCCGUUUCAGACACCACAGCCUCAUCGUCGCCCACGUUCAAUUAAAAGCAGUAGGAUCUCAAGAGGAGCUUCAUGAUUUAAUGCAGCUGCUCAAGGAGUACAAAGGCAAGCUAGCCAAAGUUGCAGGAAGCAACAGUCCUCCAAGGCAAUUCUACGUUUAUGCCCUCUGUGGCUUCGUCCGAGCUCAGGUAUUCUAGCUCCUUGUUUCAUAUUGAUAGGGUAUCUGCUUAUUUGUAUGCUAUCUAAGGUAGUUUUGUUGACGGUUGUUAGCUCUUAAAGAAUCUAGGUCUUUCAUGCUGAUAAUCUAGGGUUAGGAAACCAGAUUAUUGUAAAGAUCUGGGGGAAUGAAAUUGUGGUUCCAAAGAGCUUGAAACUGGGAGGACUGUUGCUUUGAAGAAG